CCCCCGAGUUUGAGGAGAGGACAGGGGAGCGACAGCCCGGAGCGCCGCGCCUGUUCUGUCUUUCCUUGGACCAGCUGGACUUUUCACAAGCCGGUUCGGGCAGAAACAAUGUUUUGCUGUCACAGAGACGAGUAAGUAAUCGGUUUAAUAAGAACAAAAAGCGACAGAACCCCCCGGUAGGAUGGGCGAACCGGCUGAAUCUGCGCUUGAAGUUAAAACCACCGGAUCCAAGUUGCUGCUCCCUGUCAGUGAGUUCUUGGGUUUUCCUCUUGAUCAGGUGAAUUUUUUGGCGUGCCAGCUGUCUGCCCUGGCCGCUGCCUUCUGGUUUCGCCUCUACCUCGGUCCCGGCCACGCCAAUCCACUGGUCCGCCACGCCGUGGCCGCUCUCCUCGGCGUCGUCUUUCUCUUCUUCUGCUUUGGAUGGUACUCAGCUCACAUGCUGCUCGUGGUUCUGGCAAGUUACUUGAUCGUCAUCAAAGCCGACAUUAACAAUGUACACAGGUAUUCCAUGGUGGCGGCUGUGGGCUACUUGACAGCGUGCCAAGUGAGCCGAGCCUUCAUCUAUAACUAUGGAGUUCUGUCCACGGACUUCUCUGGGCCUCUGAUGAUAGUAACCCAGAAGAUAACCACACUGGCUUUCCAGCUCCAUGACGGUAUGUGUAAGAAAUCUGAACAACUGACCUCCGGGCAGAAGCCUCUGGCUAUUACUGUGAGGCCUUCUCUCCUCGAGUACCUGAGUUACAACCUCAACUUCCUGAGUGUCUUCGUGGGACCAUGCAGUAACUUUAAAGAGUACAUAGACUUCAUAGAGGGCAGACACAUCGGCCGGCGGCUUGGCCAGCACUCUGGGACAUGUAACGGGCAGAACGGCUAUGAAAAGACACCGGAACCGUCCCCCCUGAACGCUGUCUGCCGAAAACUACUCGUCUGCAGCGGCUGCAUGCUGUUCUUCCUCACUGUGACCCGGUCUUUGCCAAUAAAGUACAACGUGGACCCCCAUUUCGUCAGCCGGGCCCCCUUCCUCACAAGGCUCACCUACGCCUUCUUCUCCAUACAAGCAGCAAGGCCCAAAUUCUACUUUGCCUGGACACUAGCUGAUGCGGUCAACAACGCUGCAGGUUAUGGUUUCUUGGGGUUGGAUGAAAAUGGAAAGCCAUCUUGGGACCUCAUCUGUAACCUCAACAUCCUGGGGAUUGAGACGGCAACCAGCUUCAAGAGAUUCAUAGACAACUGGAAUAUUCAAACAGGAAUUUGGUUAAAGACUGUGUGUUAUGACCGAGCGCCGAAGCACAGGCUGGCGUUGACCUUCAUCCUGUCCGCCCUGUGGCAUGGCGUCUACCCUGGAUACUAUUUCACCUUCAUCACUGCCAUCCCCGUCACCAUGGCAGCACGAGCCGUACGGAAGUCUUUUCGCAUCUAUUUUCUGGGCAGCAGAGGCUUGAAGCUGGGUUACGACAUCUUAACUUGGGCAGCCACUCAGCUGGCCAUCUGCUACACGGUUAUGCCUUUUCUUCUUCUUGCAGUAGAGCCCACUUUGGUUUAUUACAGGUCUAUGUACUUCCACAUUCACAUCAUCAGUAUUCUGGCUGUGAUUGGCCUGCAUUGGAAUCACAAACCAAGUGAACCUUCUGCCACCACCGAGAGGUUUUCUUCCUCCUCCUCCUCCUCCUUCUCCUCCUCCUCUCCGUGCUCAGCGCAGUGCCAGCCUGUUCACUCCAACAAUAUUGACAAAGUAGAUUGAAAAUGACCUCUUUGCACUCUUUUACAAAGCUCUCAAGUGAAAAUCCCUAAAGGGAAUUCAGCCACUUCAAAAUCUAUUCCUUGGGGACAAUUCAGAUUCACUAUUUCUGGCACUGAAUGCAGAUGGGGAGAACUGUUCUGCCACGGCGUAAGAUUAACAAGAUCAGAACCUGAUUCUGAUUCUAAGACAACUCGUGAAACAUGAGCACAGCGCAAAAACUGGCAAGACAACCGCAACCACCGGGACGCUGGCGUCCACCCGUCCCUCCACUCGUCCCCUUUCUCUCUACAAAUCACAACACGAGCUCGCCAACAAUGCAACAGUGUAAAGAGGAAAGGUGGGAUCUGAGCCAGCACAGUGGGAUAGCAGCUCGUAAGGAGGGCACAAAUACCAGGACACACACACACGCCGACACUGGGACACAAAUAUGCUCAUACUGUCCAGGACGCGCUCGCACUCCGUCCCUCUCUACAUACAAAGGCUGCUCUUGUGAGGCCACGACAAAAGGGCAGGAGGAGAGAAAGACAGCCCUGGUUAGUAUGCGUGUGUAACUGUUUUACUCUGUCUGACGUCCCACUAACCUUUGUCACUGACCCUGUGUGUGAGUGUGUGUGUGUGUGUGAGUGUGUGUGUGGACCCUGUCAUAAUGUCGCCACUGUUCUUUUUUCUACUGACUGAGUGGAACGACACUUGAGAUACGUUAGACCAUGCAGCUCUCUACCUGUCCAGUGAAAACUGCUAUUGUGAUGGAUUAUAAGGAAGGCAUGGCUGCUCUGGACACUCACAGAGCUUUAUGGUUAUGUUUUUUUGUAAAGUGAUGAAAUGAUGCUCCGAUUGGUGUUAACAGUUGGAAGCACAAGCAAACGUUGAUCUAUUUCCAACGUCCUCAGCGAUCUCUUUGUUUACAAAGCAGCAGGGGAUGUAACGGUAGUUCUCAUUGUGUUCCGUACUUUACCAGGUUAACGGGGCUGGUUACCUGUUAUCAUGAUGUAGAGUAUCAGAACAACAAGCUGUUGUUAAACUGAGAGGAAAUACACUUUCCUUUUGGCUUUGAGAGGUCCAAAUUUCACACACAAGUUCAUCCUUCACCAUCUUUUACUUUAGCACAAUCACAGUUGAUGAAUCAGAAGGUGAGGUUUAGGGUUCAAGAUGAGUUCAGCUUACAUUUAUUCAUUUUUUUUAAUUUUUAUUAUUAUCAAGUGAAAAGACAUUUUGAAGCAUUGGGGUUUUUAAAAGUGGCAUAAUGGCUUGUUUUUAACGGUGCAAAUGAGCUAAAUUUAUGGGUUCUUUAAAAUAAGGUGUGCUAAUGAUGCAAGGCAAGAAUAUUAUUUGGGAUUUUUUAUUUUAUUUUGGAAGAAAAAUACAUUUACCUUGAAAUGUCAGGCAGUCCUUUUUUUGGAUUUUAGGAUUAGUGCAAUUACUGCAUAUGUAAUAUAUUUCUUUGAGUAUAGCCUGUAUAACAUGUAUCUGUUGAUUCAUGUUGGACACAAUCUUUAUUAGCUGCCCUGAAUCUUUAAAAAAAAGCCUCUGAAUAGAGCUUUUAUUAAAGACCAGACGGUUAUUUUCAGAGACAGAUAUGUCAGAGAUAAAUAGCUUUAGCUUUGCUGUGACAAGAGGGAUCCAGUUCACUUGUUGAUCUGCAUUAAAUUAACAUCUAUUUUUAGAUAGAUUCCACUAUUGUUCAAGAUUUCAAAUGAAAGGAGAAGGGACCUUCCAUAUCCUACUAUUAUUAACUGGCCAAUUAGAAUAAAAUCUCUUUCCAAUCAAAUCAUUAUUUUGAGUCUCAAUGACAGCUACAGUCAAUGGCCGACUGCACCUGAACCCUCAAGAGGUGCGAGUGCUGACUGGUCUAAAACUCUUCACAAGUAUAUACAAUAAGCCUUUAAACCUGACAUGGAAAUGACUGUAGCCUUUACGUGUUUUUCUGUUAUCAUUAACGAGUUCAUGCCACUGUUUGCUUUGUAAUGUGUUUUUAUGCAGGGAAAUGAGCAACAAAUGGCACUGUAUAAUGGCAAGGUUGUCAAAAAUUGCAGCUAUUUGAAAUUCUCAAUACUGAUGUUUUUCGGUUUGAAGAUGUAUAAUACAAUUUACUGACUGUGAGAGUGUGUCGCGCGAUUUAAGCAUUGUUUGUAUGAAGGAAAAGGAUUGAGUGGUAUAAGAAGAUUUGAGUAAAAAAUAAAGCUUUAGUGAAACACAUUUUUAUUGGUCAAAACUGGAUUGAAUAAGUUGGUAUACCAUAAUAAUAAUGGAGAAAUUCUAAACCAUUACAAAGACAACACAUUCUGACUCCCUUUAAGUACAACUAUUGAACAUGUGUAAGUCCAUUUAUUUUUCGUCGGUUUCUAUCAAACUUCUCUGCCUCUCAGUUACAGCCUCAAACCGUAUCACAUGUGAAACCCUCUAUGUGACAGCGGCCCCACGCGGACAUUUUCAAAGCGGCUUCUUCUCGGUUCCUUGUGUCACCUCCGUGUCCGUUCCCCUUUGACUUAGGUGUGUGUUUGCAUGUGUGUGUUUGUGCGUCUGCGUUAAUGUUCUUAUCUUUCUGCACACAGAGCUUCAGUAAGUCUUCUGCCUCUCUGUUGUGUUUGCUGCUCACCAACUCAAGAGCUCAAGUUUUGCUGCAGCAGCUGCAGUGAAUUCUUAGACAAAUAUGGGGAUAACACACAUGCAUAUAAGUGUUAUUAAAAUGCAUAGCAAGUAUGUAGUUAGUAAGUACCAGUAUAUUACCUUGUAUAUUAAUAUGCAUAAUAUGCAUUAAUGUCUUGUUAAACAAGUUCACUGCUGUCUCACCUGAACAAAUGUUUGUAACAGUAACAAGUAAAAUUCAUGAGAUUAAAAUGCCUAAACAAUCA